ACAGCAAGUGCCUUUACUUCAGCAGAGGAGAGAGGAAGAAGAGGAAGGUGGCUACGGGCUCCAGAGCAAAAGAAACAUCAGGAGUGUGUCUGCACACGGCAGAGGAGUGACUCUCAUACAGCAGGGCUAAGGAGCGCACAGAGACAGGAAAGAGGCAGCUGUAGUGGAGUAACGCUGCACCGAUGGUGCCGACUGAAGGCAGGGGAAUCCACUGACACUGUUGAUCCUGGUGGCUCUGGCAAAAAGCUGUUUAAGAAGGAGACAGAGAAACGGGAACAGCAGACAGGAACCCUCCAAGGAUGCAUCAUUUUAUAUCGCAAAUCCAAGCGUGGCGACAGCAGAAACACACUCAGAGAAAUACACACUCAAACACCAGAGUGAAAAAAGGACAGUCAGAUACCCACUGCAUUUAAAACAAAACUACAACUCUUCAGUUUCUUCUGCCCUAACCAAGGAAAAAGGAACAGUUCUUAUCCUAUUCUCCAUGGAUGACGGAUAAUAACUUGGAAGAAGAAAUUUCUCCUUUGAACAGAAAUUAUUUGCAAAUUUUAUCACUUUUUUUUUUCUUUGAAGUUGGGCCUUUAAAUUGUCUGUGUAUUACACAGAAUGUCAUGACUUCUUAGUUACAGAAAUGGAGUGCUGUCUUGGUGACCAUUAAGAUGCUUCCUCCUGUGUUUGAGUAAAAAGUGGAUUAUUACAGCAGUAUUUUGGGAUUUCUCUUUUCUAUCAUAAAGAAAAACAUGAAACUGAUGUCAAUCUGCUGGAUUUAUAUCUGAGAGAGAAGAAACAGAUCUCAGACAAUUUCUCUUUUCCUUUCUUGUGGAUUACCUAUGGUGUUUCUGAUCAGCAAGCACAGUCUCAUGGAUGAUCGCUUGCUGCCAGUUAUUAGGAUAAAGUACAAAAAGGGACACAAGUGUCUUGGGCACAAACAGAGAUUGAUUGAAGUGAUCUGUGUGAAUCCAAUUAAUGCAUCCUGGAUUCUUUCCAAAACAGAAGCAAUGGAGGGGAAAGCCAACAUCUAGUAUCUGGAUAAACUGAGGAACCUCUACACUCCCCAGUCAGCCAGUCUCCUCCUUUUCCCAACCCCUACAUUCCAGGCAAGGAUGGUACCCCCACCCCCCACUAACAAACCCCAUGUCUGCCUUUCCACCAUUCUUAUCAUGAGCAGCAUGGCACUGAUUGAUGCCUACCUGGUGGAGCAGAACCAUGGACCCCGCAAGAUUGGCAUCUGCAUCAUGGUGAUGGUGGGGGACAUCUGCUUCUUGAUCGUGUUGCGUUAUGUGGCUGUGUGGGUGGGAGCUGAGGUACGGACUGCAAAACGAGGCUAUGCCAUGAUCCUCUGGUUCCUCUAUAUUUUUGUGCUUGAGAUCAAGGUCUAUUUUGUGUAUCAAAACUACAAAGCGGACAGGAAAAGCUUGGACGCUCUCGCAAGGAAAGCCUUGACAUUGCUCUUAUCCAUUUGCAUCCCAGUGCUGUUUGUUGUGCUGGUGGCGAUUGACCACAUGGAGUACGUCCGAGCCUUCAAGAAACGGGAGGAGAUUCGGAAUCGACUUUUCUGGGUAGUGGUUGACUUGCUGGACAUACUGGACAUCCAAGCUAACUUAUGGGAGCCUCAGAAGAAAGGGCUUCCCCUGUGGGCAGAGGGACUCAUGUUUUUCUACUGCUACAUCCUGCUCCUUGUGCUGCCUUGUGUGUCUUUAAGUGAAAUCAGCAUGCAGGGCAUAAACAUCGUCCCCCACAAGAUGCUCCUGUAUCCCAUCCUCAGCCUGGUCACUAUUAACAUUAUCACACUUUUUAUCCGUGGAGGAAAUAUGUUUCUGUACAGGGAUGCAAGAGUAUCUGGGAUCCUAAUCGGAAAGAACAUAUUGGCCAUCAUCCUAAAGACCUGCAGCUUUGUACAGUACAGAAGACAGUUGCAGAAUGCUCCUCCUGCCUUUGGAGUGGAAAUGCAGAAAAAUUCUGUGGCACAUCCCCGUCCUGCACCUACUCCACCUCAAGUAAUCAUGCAGGACCAGACACCUUUACCUGAAGUGACAACCUGUGAACAUACAUGACAUAAUGAGCGGCUGGACUAUAAAAAAUGUCAAUAUGAGUAAAUGCGGCUCUCAGACCUGAGAAAGAGCCGUUUUCUCAUCUUUUAGGUUGUUUCAACACACAGGAGAUUAUGAUCCCUGUUGUUAAUGGCACAUAGGACCCUGCAGACUUUUCGCACUGUCGUUAGAGCCGCAUUACUGAUGACUCUCUAAAAGCAUUUCCCAUGGUGAAUUUAAUUGCCACUGUAUUUUUUCUAUAUGUACAAAGGAGAAAAAGGCAUCUCCUGCAAAAAAAUAGAGUAUAUUUUUGAAUUGUGUGUGUUGCAUUUCAAUAUAAAACCUCUGUGUGCUGUGAUGUGCAUUUCUGUUUCUCAGUUGUUUCCUAGUCGAGGGCUUUACCUUGUCAAAGUGAGAUGAGAAACCCAAUGAGAGAAUCAAAGUAAUGAGGGUAAAAAAUGCCAGUUAAAGCGGUCUGUCUUUUAACAAGUGUGUGUUUUAGCGUGACUCUUUGAUCAAAUACUGUGUACAAGAUGAAGGCUUUCAA